UUUUUUUUUUUUGAAGAUUAGGCUAUACUUUGUAUUUGCAUAUUGGUGAAGCCCCAUUUAAUAUGGGCAUUUCUAUACUUACAUUUUUUCCAAAAAAAAAAGGGUCCUCUUUCUACCAAAGUCAUCAUUUUUUAGUCCAAAAAAUACCCAAUAAAGCAAAAUAACCCUUGAAAGAAAGGAAAAAAAAAGAAAACUAGAAAGAGAAAAGAGUACUGUUGAUUGCUGGAUAUGCUGGGAUACUUGAUAUUUUCUUUCUCUCUCUAAAAAAAAAACGCUAUAGAAGAAGUAGAUGGUGCUGGUGUCACUGUUGUUACUACUACAUUCUCUCUACUGGUAAACUUACGAAAAUCACAGGGAUGGAGAACAGGGACGGGUAAGCUUUUCUCUCUUCUAUGAUUUUUUUUUUCCUGUAAUAAUUUGUUUUCUUGAAUUUUUUUUUGUUGUUGCAAAAUUAGUUUUCCAUUUUUAGUGGUCUCAAGAUUUAACGUUAGUAGGUCAGAUGUAAUAUCUUUGGGUAUAGUAUUAGGGUUUUGAUUAUGAAUGUAUGAUGUUGUGAUAGAUUGUGAUUUUGACCUUUUUGUGAGGUUAAGAGUAUUAUGGUUGUUAUACUUUGUAGUUUCCAAUCAAUAGAAGUUGCUGGUAUCUUCUACACACUUGCUGUGGUGUUGCGUAUAGUGUGGUUAAUUCUUAACCAGGGGUAUUAGUGAUUUGGAGAUGAAGAUUUAGUUGUUCAUCUUUUGCAAUGGGUCAGUAGUCACUGGGUUGUGCAUUGUUUGAACCUUUUCUGGUAAAGUUCACACAUCCCUGCACUGGGUUUGGCAUAAAUCUGUGGUUUUUGAGAAUAUUGUGAUAGAAAUUGGGAGGGCAUGAAUGUCUGGGUGGUAAGGGUAAUAAGGCUAGUUUUGACCUUGAGUUAAGUAUCCUGUUCCUGGAUGUGGGGAACUUUGAGAGAAUAUUUUGUAUUAUUCAAAAUAUUUGUGUGAAUAAAAGGUGCACUGAAGGGACUCUAAUGUUAACGGGCUGAUCUUGUAGCGGAACAUUUUCUAUUAAAUAAGAAGAUGAAGCACUGAUGUUUCUGAUCUCUCUCUAGCUAAAGUUGAGAAACAAUGCUGGAUGAAAAAAUUAUUUGCUUGUGGAUGGGGUGGUAUUUUGACAGUAAGUGUUGGAAGGAAAAGAAAAAAGAACUUCGGCUGGUAUGGAUGGGGAAAGUGAAUGGUUCAAUGCUAGACUAAGAAGGUAUAAUAUGAGGACUCUUAUUAUUAUGGAAAUAUGAGACAUGUAGUUAAAGUGUCAGGCAUUGACCAAAUUUUCAAAAAAGUUAAAGGUAUUAAGUGAAGCUGAAAGAGUUUAAGCAGGGAGAUAGAGCUAAGAGUAUGGAUGAUGGUGAAUGUGUCUUGGGCUUGGUGUUCAAGAUGGCGAGCAUCGCCAUGAAGUCAAUACCUUAGGCUGUAAAGCCUCAUCAUUUAGUUUUGGGCUAAAAAGAAAAUGAGUCUCCCUUGCAAGCGUCACUCUGAUGGUAGUGAGAAAGUUGUAGAGGAAGAGAAGGCAAGGGGGUGUCUGAUGAAAAUCGUUGAUUACAUACAAGAAUAUGACAUGUUGGAAGACGGGGAAUGUGGGAGCCAAAAAGAGUCUUUAACUGGGAGGAUCAUAAAGAAGGAGGACUAUUCAGAUAAAAUUCAUUUUUUUAAUGCGUGAAGAUGGCUUCGAAGUGCAACUUGUAGCCAUAAAAAGGUAUUGCCAGAAUAUUGAUCUUGUGGAACUUGGUCAUGGUGUUCGGGUAACGGGAUCACCAGGAAAAUUUGAGGGGAUGCUAUGUCUGUAUGCCGACUCUUUUACAAUGUCACCUCCUCAUGGAGUUUCUGCUUCAAAUAAUGAAGAGCCAAAACAUCACAAGCAUUUUGAGGAACUAUCAAAUCAUAAAUUUCAGUGGGAGUUAUACAAAGGGGUGAAGAUUUUACAUCCUCCCAUCAAACAAGGUCCCAAUUUGUGUGCAUUUGCAGCUGUUGUGAAACAACUCGAUUAUAAUUUGAGGCUUUUGUACUCUAAUGCAAGCAAGGGAUUCUCAUUGCCUGAAGAUGUAUGUAUAUUUGACCACAAAAAAUGGAAGAAUGAUUUGAAAAAUCAGUAUCCUGCUCGCAAAAGUAGGUGGAAACCUAUUGACCUACUAGUUGAGGCAAAAACCAGAGGUAUACCAUUAUGGAAUCAUGGUAUCCAUGCUAUCCAAUUCGCUAAGAUGAUAAAAUGUUCAGACAAAGACAGAAACAAUCACUUGAAGCAGUUGUUAAAAUCUUUUCCAGUUAUAGGAGUUGUGCCUGUAUACCCUACUUAUAAUGUUGAUGGAAGUGACGUGUAUGUAAAAGGCGGUAGUGCAAGGACUGAGAGGAUAAUUAAUACGAAAGGUAUGGAGGUUGAGCAACCAGCAUAUCAUGCUGUUGUUUUGGUUGAUUCACGAGAAAUUGAGGAUAUUCUAUACAUAGCUUAUCAAAAUUCCGAGGGGGUUUCUGAAAAAAGCAUGUGUGAUCAUGGCAUCUCAUGGAUGGAAGCUGAUUUGAUUAAAGAAAUUGUAUAUGGAUGUUCCCUGCCACCAAUUCAUCCCCCUAGUGUUUUGCAAUCAAAACACCAGAUUGACUCAGUGCUCGCUAAAUUUGAGAUUGUUGGUAAAGGUUUGAGUUCCUCUCAAGAAGUUUUUCGAAAGGGUCAAAAUGUAAUUGAUCAAAUCACAAAAUCUAGGUUGGUUAUUCGUGAUGAUGAACUUUUGAGCUUGAACAGUAAACUUCAAGAGUACAUCACUCGCAUCCGCCACAUAGCCCAGACUAUGAAGAACUUCUUUGAUAAAUAUGAGGGCAUUCAAAAAAACGCCAUGGCAGGUUUUUCCGAUAUACCGCGGCUUUUAGAGGCUUGUGGGGAUGUAGAUGUAAUUGAAGAAUAUGCAACCAAAUUGCAACAAUUACAUCAAAACACAUUGCUCUAGUUCAGGUGCCUUGCUGGUGUGUGGUGUCUCUUUGUCCGCUUUCUUUGAUUCCCUGGUCUAUUUCUUUAAUGGUUUUCUUUCUUUUUGUUGCUGUUGUUUUCAUUUGCAGUUGCCGUUUGAAAAGUCAAUUUGAUUUGGUUCGUUGCUUUGAGGUAACUCUUAUGGAUGAGGUUUAAUUGUGCUAUCAUAUGGCAUUUUGAAAAUUGAAGUGGCCCUUUUUGGCUUGUUUUUGUUUGGCUAUCAAUUUUGGUUCCAAUGUCUGGUUGGGAUCUCAUUGUAGCAGCGAUUUCUCAUUCGCAAUUGUGCAUUAUUGUCCAAGUUAGUAUAUUCUGUUCAGGUUACCUUUUUGGAAGUGGACGAUCCUUUUAAGGCUUUGUUGGGGUUGAUUGCUUAAUUAGAGGUUAAUUGUGUGCUUCACUUGUGUUAUGUUGGUAAAAUUGAUGUAAUGUUUGUGUUUGAUUGUAUCUUAGUUGUGUAAUUAGUUGUGUUUUGCUGAUUAGGUUUGUAUUGCCUAUGUUAAUUGUUAUUUCUGUUUGGACGAUGUUACUUAGCUAAUUUAUUUGGCCAAAUAGCUAGGUUAUAGGGAAUUCUAUUUUCUUGUAGGCUGUUAUGGUGGUAGUUGAGUGGUUACAUCACUUGCAUGUUUUGAGGUUGUAUUUUAUUUGGACGUUUCAUUUUUUAAAAGCCCCUUUUGGAUUAACUACUACAAGGUUUCCCGUCAAAAAAAAAAAAAAAAAAAAAAAAAAAAAAAAAAAAACCUAGAAGGUUAACAAAAUUAGAUAAGAUAAGUUUAUAAAAAAAACAAAAUUUACACAAAGGUCUGCAAAAGCUUGGUUAGGUCAGCUGUUCCGGCCCAACUUUUAAAAAAAAA